AUGGAAAAAUUACUCAACACUCAAAAUAAUGAAAUGGAAUCGCCAUUGCAUGUUUUUGUUAAAACUCAAGACAACAACGUGAAUGUAUCCAAUUUGAGGCGAAUUAUCGAAGCAGGUUCAAGUGUUAACCUUAGAAACAUACUGGGAGAAACAGUACUUCAUUGUCUAUUCCGAAGGGAAUUGGAGACAGACUGUGAUAAUGCUGACAGCACUAGUAACUUCGACUUAUACGUAGAUUCAAACAUUGAAAACAAGAUCCAGAAUAUCCAAGACAACUGCAGGUUUCUUGUCACCAGAGGUGCUGAUAUAAAUCAGCAAAACAAUAAGGGAGAAUCUCCCAUCUUUCUCGCUAAUUUAGAAAGUGUUAUCAGUAGCAUGAUAGAUAUUGGUGCUGAUGUUAAUAUUACAAAUAGUUUAGGACAAUCGUUGUUAAUUUCAGUUGUGAAUAAGCACGAUGUAAAUUUGGAUAUCAUCCGACUUUUGUUAAUUAAAGGUGUUAACGUAAACCUAGUUGAUAUUCAUGGUAAUAAUGUCUUGCAUUUUGUUGCAUGGCAUGGUACAAAUCCGGAUAUACUUCCAGAACUUAACAAACACGGCGUUUCCAUCGCACCUGACAAUCUGGGGCAACAACCAUGCACUGUUGCCUGUAAUCGAAGAAAUAACAUUCAAUUUAAACAUGUGUGCAGGUGCCCAGGGGAGUUGCACAUACAGAGAGAACAUUUCGUUUUGCAGAAAGAAAUAAUAUCAGUUCAAGAACUUAAAGAAAAUCCAAAAAAAUUUGAUGAGAUCUUAAAGCGGUUUCACCCUUUCCGAGGAAAUAUACAUGAACUUCUGCAUUUAACUAGCUUUGGGCCAAUUUCAUUUGAGGGUGAGUCAGAUUUGAUCAAAUCAGUUGUAAAAGACCUUGUUGUAGACGUAUGCAAGAAAACAACUGAAAAGCACGACUACUUCUCGAUAACUCUGGUUGAUUCUGGUAGUGUUUCAGAGAAGACAAAGAUAAAUCUUCCAAACGAGUUCGACUUUUUGUGUAUUUUUGAAGAGCUAGGUAAAAUAUGUUUUAUUGAUGAGGAAAAAUCGGAUCGUGAUCCAGGUUAUGCAUACUUGAAGUUAAAAGAUCUAUACAAGGACCAUGCAUGCAAAGUACUGUUUGACGAGAAUGGAUAUCUUGACACAUUUGAGAUCCGUCAUAGAAUAUAUACUAUCAUUGACGACUUAUUUUUGUCGCAGAAAAUUUUUUCUCAUCCUAAUAUUUCAUAUGUUCGACACCAUUUUAAGGGUGCAAACUGUCCAACAUUUCAUAUUACUAUUCUCUGGCAAGGAUGUAUGUAUAAACAUUUGAAAAUAGACAUUGACUUGGUUCCUGCCUGUCAGAUAGUGGGCUGGUGGCCGAAGAAUACCAUCAUUAACUCACUUUACUGUGAUACUACGAAAGUUGUAGAUGAGGGUGCCGUCUUGAUGAUUCAGACUGAAAUAAAUGAAGACGGUAGUCCAUACUCAAAGCAAAGAAUAUCAGAAAUUAGAGCUGAGCAAUCUUAUAUGCAAGUAUUACCAAAGAUUGCAAUUGAUGCAUAUCUUCUGUCAAAAAUUGUGUGCAACUCUCGUAUUUGUCCUUGUUUGCGCAUUCCCCAUGCCGAAUUCCAACCCAGAGACAUUUUGACUAGCUACAUGCUGAAAACCUGUGUUUUUCAUAUGUUCGAUCCAACCUCAGAAUAUACAAAAAAAUAA